AUGGGCAUGCAUGAUGCGACGUCGUCCAAGCCCAACCGCGAGGUGGUGGAGUCCCUGUACGCCUCACUAGCCCGAGGCGACGCCGCAGCCGUGACGGAGCUACUGGCGGCGGACCUCGACUGGUGGUUCCACGGGCCGCGCCGGUGCCAACAUAUGCGACGCAUGCUAACCGGCGAGGAGGUUGGUGCCAUGGCGUUUCGGUUCGCGCCAACGCGGAUGGCAGAGGUUGGCUGCAGCACCAUAGAAGGCGACGACGGGUGGGUUGUGGCGGAGGGUUGGUCCGGGGUUAGUGAGGGAGACUACUGGGUGCACGCGUGGUGCCUCCAUGGAGGCGUCAUCACAGGUUUGCGUGAGUACUUCAACACCUCUGUCACCGCCGUCAGGGAGCUCGGCCGACCUGUCAACUUCAAGGAGGACGUGGUAUGGGUUGUGUGGGAAAGCCAAUCGCCCAAGCCCAAGGGCCGCUCCAUGCCGGGUCUAGUGCUUGCGAUUUGA